AUGAAGACAAGAUCUCCUAGUCAGAGAAAGCCUCCUAAGAAGGACUUUGCGUCACCACGCCAAGUGGCGGUCCUUGUGGGACACCAUCCAGUCCUAUGGGAUCCCAAGCACCCGCUGUACCGAAAUGUCACUGCGACGGAGGCGGCCUGGCAGGACAUUUCGAAACAUUUUAAGGGGACUUUAUCAGCUGAAAACUGCAAAAUUGAAUGGCAAAGUGUCCGACGCAUCAGAUGCACGUAUUACAAUACCAAAUUGAAGAAGGCAGCGAGUGGGUCGCAGGCCAAAAGAAAACCAAGAGAAUUCAAAUACGCGAAGGAGACGUCUUUCUUGGAUGAGAUUAACAUAAGGAAAGACGAGCAACUAGGAAACCUUGAGCAUUUAAGUGAAGAAGAUGAUGAUGAUGAUACAGGAGGCGACAGUGAUAGUGACAAUAGUGAAACCGGCAGUGAAACUGAUUUCCCCGUUUCUGAAGACGAGGUAGGAGGUAAUCAUAAGUCUGCGAUGGAUUUCAGUAAUGAAAUGGCUGAAUUAAGUAAUGACGAGAGGGAGAAGUUCAGAUUCGAUAAACUCAACAAGGCAUUCACUGGCAGCCAGUCUGAGGUUGGGUCAACUCAGCACAUCAAUGAACCCUUUCGAUCCCCACUCAAGGAUGUCAACGGAAGAAAAAUUGAAAGGAAACCUCCUAUGUUUGAGAAAAAGCCUCACGAGAUCAAGGUCAAACCAAAGGCUUCUGUAAAGGAGAAUAAUAAAACCAAGAAGCAACGUCUUAAAUCCCUAAAGUGGAAUUACACUGAAGGUGACAUGUUUGAUGAGGAUGAUGAAGUUGCAGUAGAUGAAGGCUGCGAGAAACCUAAAAAAAGGGGCAAGUCCAAGCUGCAGGUAAAGAUGGAAGAGCAAGACACUAAACUUGAGAACAGGAAGAAACUGAGGGCUGAGAUAGCACAACAAGUGAGAGAGAAACAAAUUGAAAUGGAAACAGCCCUAGCAAAACGGAGAAAAACUGCUCCAUACCAUGAGCAUGUCCCAGAUAGAAAGCAAACUUAUCAUUUUAAGAAGUCUGUGAUAGAGCAGCCAGAUUCUGAUUUUCUAAAAAGUUUAGCUGAAUCAAUCAUGCCUAAAGAGGAGGAGGAUCCUCUUAAUCUGUUCUUUAUGUCACUAGCUGCUAGAUGCAAGAACCUACCCGAACUUGUAAUAGAUAGCCUUGUUCAUGAUUUCUGGAAACAAAUUAGUGAAGCUCGCCAGAAUGUGUCAAAGAAGAACCAAGAUUUUGUCUAUCCAACUCUUAACUCUGAAAUGCAGCAAUUAAUUAAUGCCUCAUUUGAAAUUGACCCCAAUGAUGUGAUUGUACAUUUCAAUGACCUUCACAUAAGAGGAUGUGACUUCCAAACUCUCAAGCCUGCAACAUGGUUGAAUGAUAUGAUUAUUGAUUGUUACAUGGGACUUGUGAGCCAAACAUCAGGCCAAACAUCAGGCAAAUUGACGCUCGCUGUCACCUGUCACUUCAUUACAUCCCUGAUCGCACAUGGUAUUGCAGGGCAUAAGGGAACAAUCAAGAGCAAGGAGGAAAUUGAGGUUUUUGAUUUUUUACUUGUGCCAUUUUGUACCAACUCUCACUGGACUUUAAUAAUUGUGGAUGUCAAGAGAAGGGUAAUGACAGUUUAUGAUAGCCUUGAAAAGGAACAUCAUGGUGUGCUUCAGUUAGUGAAACUUUACUUCUCCGGUGAUUGGACUACUGUACACGCAGAGGGCAUACCUCGUCAAAACAAUGGAUAUGACUGUGGCAUUUUCAUCUGCAUGUACGCCAAGCACUUCUGCCUGGGGAAUGGCUUUCAGUUUGGCCAAGAAGCAAUGCCUCACCUUAGAAGUUUACUCGCUUAUGAAUUACUUACCACCAAACUGUUACCACUUUAAGUAUUAUUCCAUUCAUUUUAUCUGUGUUCAUUUUGUGAUAGUAAUUG